AUGGCGAUGCACAAGGAGCUCUUAAACGACAGUCUGUCAGAGCACAGCGAUGCAAAGACCGAGAGCUUCCGAUGCGAGUUGAUGACAAUGGCUUCGUCUUCGGCGAGCAUGCAUCUAUGCAUACUCACGCAUUUCGGAGGGCUUAGGUAUCUGGGCUUUCCUUCAGACGGUUCCCGCUCGCGCAUGCAAGAACCCUUUGCCGAGGAGUGGGAGGGUGGUGGGUUGUGGAUGCCUGAAGCCGGCGCGCUGAGCGCGCUGCGUCAAGACAUCGAUCGGAAGCCACACAAGAUCAAACGCGUGUUGACAGAUGCGGGUCUUCGGAAGUCGUUCUUGGGCGGGAUAUCUAAUGACGAAAAGAAAGCCGUGGAAGCAUUCGCGAACCAGACCAGCAAUCGGUCAAAUGCUCUCAAGAAGCAUCCUAAGGUAAGUUGCUUUAAGUUGCUUCCCCUCAAGUGA